CCCUCUAUCGGUAUACUGUUACAUUUGAGAUAACAAUCCACAAACAAAUAAACGACGCUGUAAAAUCGAAAACAUGGCGGCUGGGCCACCUCUUGAGCGAAAUCAAGAUGCUACGGUUUAUGUUGGUGGCUUGGAUGAGAAAGUGACAGAAGCACUACUAUGGGAGCUGUUCCUACAAGCCGGUCCAGUCGUCAACACACACAUGCCCAAGGACCGGGUGACCCAGCUUCAUCAGGGUUACGGCUUUGUUGAGUUCAUGGGCGAAGAAGAUGCAGACUAUGCCAUCAAAGUGAUGAACAUGAUCAAAAUGUUCGGUAAACCAAUCAGAGUCAACAAGGCCUCAGCACAUCAAAAGAAUUUAGAUGUUGGUGCAAACAUUUUCAUCGGAAAUCUAGACCCAGAAAUUGAUGAGAAACUUCUCUUUGACACAUUUAGCGCUUUUGGAGUAAUUCUACAAACACCAAAGAUCAUGCGGGAUCCAGAGACUGGUAAUUCCAAGGGGUACGCCUUUAUAAAUUUUGCGAGCUUUGAUACGUCCGAUGCCGCCAUUGAGGCCAUGAAUGGACAGUACCUUUGCAACCGCGCAAUCACCAUCUCAUACGCAUUUAAGAAAGACUCAAAAGGGGAGAGGCAUGGAUCAGCUGCAGAGAGGUUGUUAGCUGCCCAGAAUCCCCUGUCACAAGCAGACAGACCCCAUCAGCUGUUCUCUGAUGCACCACCAACACCAGGAGGGGGAAACCGCCCUUCAUCAAUGAUGCCGCCACCUCCUCCGGACAGUGGUGCCCCACCUGGGCCUAGGCCUCCGCUGAUGAGGACACCGAUGCAGCCUAGAAUGAGACCACCAUUCCAAAGAUGAACCAAGCCUAGUGAAUUCCAACAUCAUAUUGUAUCAAAAAGACUGGAGAUAAAAAAAUCUCUUUGUUCUCAAUAAGGGUUAUGGAUGGCAGGAUCAUCUGGAUAGUCUGCACAAUUUGGAGAUAUCUCAAUUAAGAACUUGGAUGACCACUUUGGCAAGCAUUUUGAACAUACAUACCUCAGGCACACCAAGUACAGUGGUUGCUUGGUGGAAGCACGUAACUUGUUACCUAAUGCUGCAAGCGAUCUUCACUGGUUUUUUUCUGUUGAAAAUGGGAUAAAUUUUACUGAAAUUCCUUUCUGUUAACACAGAGAAUACCGUUUACAGUAGAACCCCCUCUGGGACACUGCUAUUAAGCUGACACUCCUAUUAAGGGGACACCCCUAUAAUUGGGACACCCCCAUUGUGGGGACACCUCCAUUUUGGGGACACCACCCAUUAUGGGAAACCCCUAUUAUUUGGACACCCCUAUUAAGAGGACAUAUUUGCAGCCACGAAAUGGGGGAAGUAUAUCUUAACACUACAGCCAACCCCUAUCCAGGGGACACCCUAUUAAGGGGACAUAUUUUGGUCCUAUGGUGUCUCCUUAAUGGGGAUUUUACUGUACUUACCCAAGUGCUUUAUUUUUGAUGUCCUGAUAUCAAUUUACUGAUAAGUCAAAAUCCUCUUUUAAGGUUUUUUUUUUUGCGACUAUGCUUGUGGGUUGUAUGAGCUGCCUCAGAGGACCUGACAUAUAUUAUUGCAUUCCUUGGUGAUUUCAGAUACCUGUGUUUAACUUGUAGCAGUGGCUUCCUUAUUUGGUCACAGUUUCCCUAUUUCCACUGUCGGAAUAUUUCUAAGCUGACCAAACAAAAAUAAGUGUAAUUGAUAUUGUCUUACGUACUGUGUCAAUUUCAUUGGAUAAACCAACUGGAGUAAUUUACUUCUUAAAAGAAAUUUUUCAUAGAAAGUAAUAAUACUAAAUUAGACUUAAACCUGGUUUUCAUAAGAAUUGAUACACACUAUCGCCGACUCCUUCGGCGACGCAACGCUGAUUGGUCAGUUGAAUAGGGGAGCAUUUCUGAUUGCGUGGGGGACAGCUACGCAGUGCAAGGAUUGCAGUGAAAACGCUGUAGCGACUGUGUAGCGAUUCCAUAAAAACCAAGCUUUAUAGCGCUGUCGAGGACAGCUCCAUAGCGUAUAAAAAUCUUGUAGCUCCAGUUAUGGAUACAGGGACUACAGUUGAACUUGCCUGAGUCAAAUCCAAAAUGCCAGUGAAAAAUUGUUCGACUUAGAUAAAAUUCGACUUACAGAUUGUUAAUUAAUGGAAAACGCAACAAUUUGGCAUGUAAAAUAAGUAUU